GCCGGCCCUCCCCGCUGAAUGGCCGCCCGGCCAGAGCUCCCUGGAAGGCCCCGGCUGGAGUGGCGGGCAGCCCCAGCACCACGGCUGGGCUUCUGAAGAGGGAAGAUGAGCGAGCUCCGCCGGGAGAACUCCAGCAGCUUGCAGAGGAAGAAGCCGCCUUGGCUGAAACUGGACAUUCCGGCUGUCCCGUUCUUGGCUGCAGCAGAGGAACCAGCCGCGCUUCAGCCCUUGAAGCGCCAGGCCUUCCUCCGGAGCGUCAGCAUGCCUGCCGACAACAGCCUCUUCCCUGCCGCCUACAGCGAGGCACGGAGACCUGUCCUGCAGCGACAGACGUCCAUCACCCAGACCAUCUGGAGGGGCACCGCAGACUGGUUUGGCGUCAGCAAGGAGAGCGAUGCCACCCAGAAGUGGCAACGGAAGAGCCUGCGCCACUGCAGCCUGCGCUACGGAAAGCUGAAGCCCCAGGCCCUCCGCGAAAUGGACCUCCCAAGCCAGGACAAUAUCUCCCUGGCCAGCGCGGAGACCCCCCCACCGCUCUAUCUGCCCCCUUGCCCACCUGGCAUGCAGAGAAUAAUCGACCCCCUGGCACGUGGACGGGCCUUCCGAGUGGCGGAGGAUUGUGAUGGCUGCAGUGUGCCCGCCACCCCAGCCACGCCCGGAGCAGCCUCGCUGUGCUCUUUCACCAGCUCUCGCUCUGGCUUUGGCCGCUGGCCUCGGCGGCGGAAAAGGGAGUCAGUGGCCAAGAUGAGUUUCCGAGCAGCUGCAGCGCUAGUGAAGGGCCGUUCCACGAGAGAGGGUACCCUGCGCAGGACACGGCAGCGCAGCUUCACUCCGGCCAGCUUCCUGGAGGAGGAUUUCACCACCACGGAGUUCCCGGAUGAGCUGGACACCUCCUUCUUCGCCAGGGAAGGGGUCCUGCCGGAAGAGCCCUCCACGUAUCCCGAUGAGGUUUUUGAGUCUCCCUCGGAAGCAGCCCUGAGGGUCCCCGAGGCAAAGACUCUGCAGGCUCAGCCAGCCCUCACAGGGGGCGCUCUGGACCGGAGCGAGCUAGAGAGAAGCCACCUGCUCUUCCCCCUGGAGCGUGGCUGGCGGAAACAGAAAGAGGGGGCUUCCGUGCAACCGAAGGUCCGUUUGCGGCAAGAGGUGGUCAGCCUGGGCCUCCAGCGGCGUGGCCAGCGCAUCACCGUCCCUGUCCACAAAUUCUUUUCCAAAGAGAAGCGCCCCUACGGAUUAGGCAUGGUGGGCCGGCUGACCAACCGGACGUACCGCAAGCGCAUCGAUAGCUUUGUGAAGCGGCAGAUUGAGGACAUGGAUGACCACCGGCCGUUCUUCACCUACUGGGUCACCUUUGUGCAUUCACUCAUUACCAUCCUGGCGGUGUCCAUCUACGGGAUUGCUCCCGUGGGGUUUUCGCAGCACGAGACAGUGGACUCGGUCCUGAAAAACCGGGGGAUAUACGAGAACGUGAAAUACGUCCAGCAAGAGAAUUUCUGGAUCGGGCCCAGCUCGGAAGCUCUCAUCCACCUGGGAGCAAAGUUCGCCCCCUGCAUGCGCCAGGACCAGCAGGUGCAGAGGUUCGUCAGCGCCGCCCGGGAGAAGGAGAAACACUCGGCCUGCUGUGUGCGCAACGACAAAUCGGGCUGUGUGCAGACGGCCGAAGAGGAGUGCUCCUCCACUUUGGCCGUGUGGGUGAAGUGGCCAAGUCACCCCAGCACCCCCUUGCUGGCUGGGGGCAAGAGGAAGUUUGGCUCCGUGUGCCACCAAGACCCCAGGGUGUGUGAGCAGCCGGCAUCCAUGGACCCUCACGAGUGGCCCGAUGAUAUCACCAAGUGGCCUAUCUGCACCAACAACAGCGCUGGGAACCACACCAACCACCUGCACAUGGACUGUGUGAUCACCGGGCGGCCCUGCUGUAUCGGCACCAAGGGAAGGUGUGAGAUCACCUCACGGGAAUACUGCACCUUCAUGCACGGUUACUUCCACGAAGAGGCCACGCUCUGCUCCCAGGUGCACUGCAUGGACGACGUCUGCGGCCUCCUCCCCUUCCUCAACCCCGAGGUGCCAGAUCAGGUCUACCGCCUGUGGCUGUCGCUGUUCCUUCAUGCCGGGAUCCUGCACUGCCUUGUAUCCGUCUGCUUCCAGAUGACGAUCUUGCGUGACUUGGAGAAGCUGGCUGGCUGGCACCGCAUUUCCCUGAUCUACUUGUUCAGCGGCAUCACGGGCAACCUAGCCAGCGCGAUCUUCCUCCCCUACCGGGCCGAGGUUGGCCCAGCAGGCUCCCAGUUUGGCAUCUUGGCCUGCCUCUUUGUGGAGCUCUUCCAGAGUUGGCAGAUCCUGGCUAGGCCCUGGAGGGCCUUCUUCAAACUGCUGGCGAUUGUGCUGUUCCUGUUUGCCUUCGGCCUCCUCCCCUGGAUAGACAACUUUGCUCACAUCUGUGGCUUUAUCAGUGGCCUCUUCCUGUCCUUCGCCUUUCUCCCGUACAUCAGCUUUGGCAAAUUCGACCUGUACCGGAAGCGGUGUCAGAUCAUCGUUUUCCAGUCGGUCUUUGUGGGGCUCCUCUCUGGACUGGUGGUGCUGUUUUACUUCUAUCCCAUCCGCUGCCAGUGGUGCGAGGUCCUCACCUGCCUCCCCUUCACCGACAAGUUCUGCGAAAAGUAUGAGCUGGAUGCGCAGCUCCACUGA